AGUGAAUUUGGGAUUUAGAAGGCGAUACGACGGAAUAUAAGUGCUGCGUUUUUUGCCACAUUGAGACAGCGUCGGGACAACAUGAAGACGGUCGUGCUGGUCACAACGCUGCUGCUGUGUAGCACUCAAGUGCUCACGCUGAAGUGCUACUCGUGCGAAGGCGAAGACCAAAAUGAUUGCAAGACGGCGGUAACGUGCAAGGAAAACGAGACCUUCUGCAAGAUCCGCGGCUUGGGAGAUAACGUCACCAGGGGCUGCGCAAAGGAGUGCGAUGAGGACACAAUGACGACCUGCUGUCAAGUGGACCUGUGCUAGUCCCGCUCCUGCUUUCUGGUCUCUGAUUGGCCAAAGCACGGGAGGAAGAAAAACCAAACGCACGCUUCUGUUUGACACUCGGGCGGUCAAGAGCUGUGAUUUAUUUUGCAUGCACGCAUGCCCAUUUAAUCCCUCGCUCAUAAUGCUUAGUGUAUCACCGAUUUCUAUGAUUUGAAACGCCGAAAUGCUGAAGUCAAAAUAAAAAGACGUCUCCCAAUCGCAGUAUCGCCUUCGGAUGUCCUCUGAUAACGUGCCUUGUAAUAGAUUGAAUUUUUUUAAAAGGGCUUUAAAAAGAAUAAUACUAAAUUCAAAAGUCUCGUGCAAAUUUGUAUGCGGUACAGUGAAAUAAAAUGAAACAUUAAUAAUAAAUAAAAAAGUGAACGUUAUGAGAAUAAUAUGGAGUAUCGCUAACAAUGAUCGUGGUGUUGAUGUGACCUGAAAUUGAAUUUUUUGUUUUUUUAAUUAUACUGGAAUUUGAAAACAUCCUCAAC